CUGAUUUUAGUGAUCAGAUAAAUGAGUCCUACCAGGUACCCCAACCCACCUCACCACGGCUUAGCUACUCAACCAACCUGUCACAACCGGCUUGACACAUACGAGGGCUCUUGCGAUACGAUUCUAUUGCGAGUUGAGUGAUGCGCACAUCCGAAACAAGCGACAUGUUGGGCUCCACGCAAGCGACCUCCGCGACCAACACCACCGCCAACACGUAUGUCUGGUCGCAGCCCACAGCCGGCGCGAACGCCUCGAGCAACCUUGCCGUAGCCACAGCUCAAUACCCAAUCUUGGAGACUCUUGUGUCUCACCUACGACCUAGCGACCUUGUUCCGUUGGCCCAGGUAUGCCAGACAGUUCAUGGACACCUGCUGGGUAGUACGGCAUCACAAGCAAAUCUCUUGACGAAGACGUUAUGUCCGGGCCACGGUAAGCGCAUACGGAGACGUGCCCACCACCCUUGUGCUACAAAAGGUUUCAAAAUACUCACUGGGUGCGGCGGUGAGGGCUAUAAUGUGGAGUCCAGGCCAUGCGUUUGUUGUGGCAUCAACACCUGCGACGAGUGUCGUAUCCAUGUUACUUAUCACGUCGGCAUUGAAGACCCGGGACUUGAUGGACACCGCUGGUGGGCAGGUUACAACUUGUUGUACGGAGAACCCGUCGCGCUAUAUCCUCCCAGCUCCACGAAUGGCGAUGACAAAGACUGGCAUCUGCCUGCAGCACAGAUGAAAUCUCUUCACGACCAAGGACGUAUCCAUAUUCCUUUCCACAUCCCAGCAGUAGCUGAUCCAGAACCACUCGAUCGCAUUCUUGAUAUAAAUCUCGGACGACACCUCAUCUCUCCACAGGGACGCACAGAUGGGCCUUAUCAGGGUGUGAACUUGAUCACGGGAUUCAAUCUAGUCUCUCAGCCUCGCACUGAAUUUGUUUGUGACGAAUGCUUUGACGAUGUCCAGGCCAAUUCAACCAAUCGUCGGGCAAUGUGCGAAUGCUCUUUUCGAAAACGCUACAUCGAUCGCUGGUUAUGCCUCGAGUGCUAUCAGCGUGAGCAGGACAAAGAUGCCAGGUUGGAAGAGCGAAUCGGCGUCGACGAAGAUGAGGUCGAGGUUGUUUGUCGGAAGUGUCAUUGUAAGAGGAAGUUCAGCCAGGGCGAUACCUACAAGAUGGUUUGCAACUGGUGUGACGGCGAGAUUCGGAUCUCAAACACAGACAGCGAAGGCUCAGUGGUGUUAGGCAGCGACGAAAACGAUCAGGAUGAAGAUGAAGAUGAAGAACAAGAAGAAGAUGACGCUCAUUGGAUGGUGCUUGGACUAUGUCCAGACGGCAUUCUUUGCUGCAAGUCGAACACGGAUGGAACCAUGGCAGCGAUGAUCAAUGGGGUGCAAGUCCGGGGAGAGCGUCUGGGUCGAGCUCUAGUUGAAGAGUGGGAGCACCUCAAGCACGAGCCACAUAACGAGCAAGAUUGUUCCAGAUGCCAGACUCAUGGGCACGCGCAUGGCGGAGUCGAAUUUGAUGACGGAGAGAGUGACGAUAGAGAAAGUGGCUAUGGAGACAGUGUUGAGGGAGAUCUGGCUGAGGAAGAUGAUGGAAUCUACGACACAGCGCCGGCAGUCGAUGUCGACGAGGAUGAUGAGAUUUAUGAUUGACGGGGCAGCAAUGGAGCUUACACGUGGCGAUGUCGGUGGCCACGGGUACACUGAACCCAAAGGGAAGAACGAGCAAGUCUGGAGCAUAUGCCAGAUGCAAGCUGACUACCGGUGCCAUGCAUGUUCGAAACAGGAAAUCACGGUACGCACAAGUUAAGAGGUUAAGGCGUCUGCUAUAUUACCGUCGAGUAGCUUCAACAUACUUUAAGGUGCACAAGAUCUAUUCUACGAGGUCUUCUGGUAGAUAAGUAGGCUCAUUAUUUCUCAUAGAGCAUAUGGUAGGGCACUGCUUAUGCUUC